AUGGGGCUAGGGUCCCGGGUGGGUGAGGCACAGCGGGCGCGAUCUGCGACCGGAGGAGACGUGAGCGGGCCCGCGCGGCACCUGGCGGCGAGACACGGCUUGGGCUCCGAAUGCUUCCCAGUAUCCGUAGUAUCGGCGUUACUGCUGGCCGGCGUUGUGGCAGAGAUCAAGCAGAGGGGGGCGGACGAGGGCGGUUGGGUUCGAUGGCAUUCGAUGGAGGCCCACUCGGUCAUGGGAGAAGAGCCUCCAAUCCGUGUCAUGGGUCCGACCACGAUUGACGAGUGGGUGCUGGGUGGAUUGGCGGUCACGACAGAAUGGUGCCGCGGGCGCCCCGCUCCAGCGUCGGAGGGUAUGCUGGAUUUCGCGAAUGUUUUUCCCUCACCUGUCAUGCAGAUGUGGCUGGCAUACACUGAGGGUGCACUGGCGUCCUGA